AUGGAUAUCUACCAAUCAAUUCAGUUUCUCUUUAUUGUUAUCUUUUAUUAUUCUAUUGGUGUGAAUACAAUUUCAUCUUUAUCCGGCAAACAAAGUAUCACUCUUUCCCAGACCAACCUGACCAAUUUAGCCGAUAAUUCUUUAUUCACUACAUGGAGACCAGUUUAUCAUUUUGCUUCGCCAAAUUCCUGGAUGAAUGAUCCUUGCGGACCAUAUUACAACCCCAAAACACAAACUUAUCAUUUGUAUUAUCAGGUUCAGCCUGGUUAUGUCGAAUGGGGAAAUAUUUCAUGGGGUCAUGCUAAAUCGAGAGAUAUGAUCUUUUGGGAUGAUGUUAUAUCAUGGCAAGGAUAUAAUUAUGUUGCUCUUGCGCCAGGUAUUGGCAAUAAUCAAAGUGUUUUAGGUGUUUUCACUGGUGCUACAUUACCUGUUUCACCUACUGGUGAUACAACAAAUGGAACUGUAACCGUCAUUUAUACAAGUGUAAAAUACCUACCGAUCAGCUGGAAUGGUUAUUACAAACAAGGUAGUGAAACACAAUCAUUAGCAGUUUCAUACGAUGAUGGAAUAACUUAUCAACAGUAUGCAAAUAAUCCAAUUCUCGUUUCUCCACCUAAUGGAUGGAAUAUUACCGGGUGGAGAGAUCCGAAAUUCGAACAAAUGCCACAAAUAGAUAUGAUUCUAUAUGGAUCAAAUGAAAACAAUUAUUAUUUGACAAUUUCGUCAGGCAUCCGAGGUGUUGGUCCACGACUUUUACUUUAUCAAGCAUCCCCUACCAAUUUAACGAAUUGGACAUAUUUAGGACCUCUCGUUUCUGUUGCUGGCAAUUAUACAUUGAAUGAAAUUUGGUCAGGUUCUCUUGGUUAUAAUUUUGAAGUAUCAAAUGCGUUCUCACUUCUUGAAAAAUACGCUGAUGGCGGUGAUAAUCAGACUGUACAUCUUUUUGUAUCACUUGGUACCGAAGGAGGUAAUACAACGUUGCAUCAAUCUAAUCAUUGGUCUGUAUGGAUUGAAGGAAAUCUAAAUAAUGCAAAUAAUUCAAAUAUUACUAUGAAUAUUAUUGCAAAUGGUGUUAGUGAUUGGGGUGAUGCAUAUGCAUUUAAUUCAUUCUAUGAUCCAGUAGGAGAUCGAAGAAUAUUCUAUGGAUGGGUAAUGGAGGCAAACAAUGGCUAUGGAGAACGAGCUUUUGGUUAUAAUGGACAAUUGACUCUUCCUAGAGAAGUCUUUGUUCAAGUAUACAAGAACGUUGUUAAUGUUAAUGGCACUUUUUCACAAGGAGGGCCAUGGACUAUUGUACCAAAUGACAAUGGAACAUGUACAUUUAAAACUCUUGGUGUUAGACCAAUUAAAGAAACAAUUAAUCUUCGACAAAAUAGUACUGCAACAACAUUUACUACUCAAACAUUUAAUCAAAUGACGAAUUUUACAUCCAUGAAUAUAACAUCAUCUAAUUUUGAGUUAGUGGCAACUAUGAAUAUCUCUCAAAAUGCGACUGCUGGUUUUGUUUUUCGAAGAUCAUCGGAUGGACAAGAAUAUACAACUCUUAUCUAUGAUCCUGUUUCACAAUAUUUAAUUCUUGAUCGAACUUAUUCUUCUUUGAUAACACAGUUUACCAAGACUAAUAUAUACGCAAAGCAUGGCCUACUUACAACUAAGAUCAAUGUCAAUCAAUCACAAAUGGAAAAUUUAUAUUUACAUAUUUUCGUUGAUAAUUCACUUGUAGAAAUUUAUGCAAAUGAACGCACAGUUAUAUCUACACACAUAUAUCCGACAUUAUCCGAUUCUCUUGGUUUAGGAUAUAUUGUUGGUGGAAAUGUUGGNAUAACACAGUUUACCAAGACUAAUAUAUACGCAAAGCAUGGUCUACUUACAACUAUGAUCAAUGUCAAUCAAUCACAAAUGGAAAAUUUAUAUUUACAUAUUUUCGUUGAUAAUUCACUUGUAGAAAUUUAUGCAAAUGAACGCACAGUUAUAUCUACACACAUAUAUCCGACAUUAUCCGAUUCUCAGGGUUUAGGAUAUAUUGUUGGUGGAAAUGUUGGAUCUGUUACAUUUAGUAAUGUAUCAGUCUGGUCAAAUUUACAAAAUGCAUUUCCAAACAGACCAAUAAAUAGCUCGAUAGCUUUAGUUAGCAUUUCAAAUACUGUAACUCCUAUUAGUAGAGGCGCUACAUCGACAAAUCGUUUCUGUUUCGUUUACUAUAUAAUGUACGUUCUUUUUGUGUUUUUUAUCUGCUUGUGA